AAAAGUAGUAGGUUGAUCAGCUGGGCUUGCUCUCUGCUUUUCCUGCUCUUACCCUUUCCAUUUUCUGUUGGUGCUUUUCAAGAACUACUGCCUUAGUGGAAAACAGGCAACUUAUGAGGUCAAUGCACAAAUAAAAAUUACAGGCUGUCAGAUGUCACAAAACCUGUAUUCAAGAACUUCCAAAGAAGCCCAGAAGAUCAAAUUGCCAGUACAAAGUUAUUGAACAGAGAGUCACGUCGUGAAGAUUAGGAGAAGGCUGGGAUUUUUGUAGAAGCUGUGACUACUGUGACACGGAAGGCUGGAUUAAGGUAUUUGCAGAGGGGACUAAGCUCAUAGUAAUUCCCCCUGAUAAAAACCCUGAUGGAGACCUUUCCCCGAAGCCCACUAUUUUUCUUCCUUCAAUUGCUGAAACAAAUCUCCAUAAGACUGGAACACAUGUUUGUCUUCUUGAGAAUUUUUUCCCUGAUGUUAUUAAGGUAUAUUGGAAAGAAAAGAAUGGCAAUAAGAUCCUGGAAUCCCAGCAGGGAGAUACCAUGAAGACUAAUGAUACUAGUGAUACAUAUAUGAAACUUAGCUGGCUAACAGUGCCCGAAACGUCACUGGAUAAAGAGCACCUGUGUGUCGUCAAA